CUUCCGGUGGCGGUUCAUUCUCGCGAGGUGAGCCCUAGUGGUGUCAUCUACUAGCCGUUAAUCAGUGGAUUCUCUGAGGAAAUCUAUUAUUCCUCAAUGUAUGAUUUUCCUGUCCUGAGUUUUAGAAGCGGACAGGAAACGGAGGGAUAUGCGCCUAGGCAAAUGUGGAUACAUCUUACCGAAAGCGCGAGGGGAGGGAAACAUGUAACCGAGCGUUCGGAGCGGCACCUGACACUUCGUGAGCAGGACUAUCUGUCUGUUGUAUCCAACCGUUAUUUUGUUAUUUGAAGUAUUGACACACAGUAUUUUCGUGUUUUCCGUUGGAUAUUAUCGUCGACCGAAGACUGCAAAAAUGAGCGAGGAAGUAUCAGAGGUCCCCAAAGAACUGCUUGAGAGUGUGAGGGAUGCAGUGGGUAGGAAGAUCAAGCUCUCGGUGAAGAAGAGAGUCAAACUAGAGAUCAAAGGAGACAAGGUGGAGAACAGAGUCUUGGCUCUUGCCUCUCACCGGGCCUACCUCCUGACUGCACGCAUCCCUAGCAAGAUUGAACACAACUUCAAUUAUUUAGAGAUACAAGGGAUCACCUGUAACAAGCCCACACAGUUGACGGUGGAGUAUGAGAGAGGUGUUGUGUCUCUGAAGAUGGCCUCUACAGAAGAGGUGAAUGAGGUGGUGGCUCACAUAGGGGUCUGUCUACAGAGGAUAUGUCCUGGUCUAUCACCACUGAAGCUGAUGAAGAAGCUGAGUAUGGAGCCUCCAGAGAGGAUCACCAGCCUACAGACUCUUUGGGACAACCACAAAGUAGCAGAGCCAGGACCAUGUGGGGGUUUCUCUCAGAUGUACAGAUGUGUAUGUGACUGGCUGGGUCUGCCCUACAGAGAGGAAGUUCAAUGGGAUGUAGACACCAUCUAUCUGACUCAAGACACACGGGAUCUCAACCUGCAGGACUUCAGUCAUCUGGAGAAUAGGGAUCUGGUGGCUAUAAUAGCAGUAUUGGAGUACAACCAAUGGUUCACAAAGCUCUCCACAAAGGAUUGUAAACUGUCAGCAGACGUGUGCGACCAGAUCCUUCGGGUGGUGGCCCGGUCCAGUCGACUAGAGGAACUGGUUCUGGACAACGCAGGACUCACUAGGGAUUUUGCACAGAAGCUGGCGAAUGCCCUCGCCCAUAACCCCAACUCAGGACUCCACACUAUCAACCUUGCCAAUAACCCACUGGAGGAUCGAGGAAUCGCCUCCCUGGGUGCACAGUUUGCCAAACUCCCUAAGGGGCUCAAGCAUUUAAACUUUUCCAAAACCUCAUUGUCACCCAAAGGGGUGAACAGCCUUGCCCAGUCACUGACUGUCAACCAGUCCAUCCCUAGCACCCUCACCCACCUGGACCUCUCAGGGAACAUACUGCGGGCAGACGACAUCCCGCAUUUCUACCAUUUCCUGGGCCAACCCAACAGCCUGAUGACUCUGGACCUGUCCAACACAGACUGUUCUCUGGACCUGGUGUGUUCUGCUCUUCUGAGGGGCUCCGUUCAGAACCUCUCUGUCCUCAACAUGUCCAAGAGUGUAUUUGCACAUAGGAAAGGCAAAGAUGUGCCUCCAUCCUUCAAGCACUUCUUCAGCAGCGCCAUGGCCCUCAGCUGCAUCAACCUUUCAGGAACCAAACUCCCUCCAGAAGCAUUGAAAGCUCUUCUGCUGGGUCUGGCCAGUAACCCCAACAUAAAGGAAGUGUCUUUAGACCUCAGCUGCUGUGAGCUUGGUCACUGUCUCAGGUCUGGGGGGUCACAGAUCCUGGAGGGAUGCAUCGCUGAGAUCCCCAACAUCUCCAGUCUGGACAUCUCUGACAACGGUCUGGACUCCGACCUGUCCACUCUGCUGGUGUGGCUGGCCAAGAACCGAUCCAUCCGACACCUCUCACUGGGGAAGAAUUUCAACAACAUCAAGUCCAAACAUCUUGCCCCUGUCUUGGACAACCUGGUUCAUAUGAUUCAGGAAGAGGAGUCGCCCCUGACGUCUCUGUCCCUGGCUGACUCUAAGCUGAAGACAGACCUGACCAUUGUGCUGAAUGCUCUGGGCAGCAACACCAGUCUGACCAGGGUGGAUAUCAGUGGGAACGCCAUGGGAGACAUGGGGGCCAAGAUGCUGGCCAAGGCCCUGCAGAUCAACAGCAAACUAAGGACGGUGAUCUGGGAUAAGAACAACGUCAGUCCUCAAGGUCUUCAGGAUGUAGCAGCUGCUCUGGAGAAAAACUUCACCAUCCGGUUCAUGCCGAUCCCCAUCAUCGAUGCGUCUCAGGCUCUCAAAGCCGGCCCUGAGAAGACUGAGGACGCCCUGCUCAAGAUUGAGAACUACCUGUUCCGGAACCAUGAGACUCGUAAAUACCUCCAGGAGCAGGCCUACCGCCUCCAACAGGGGAUCGUUACCACCACCACUCAACAGAUGAUUGACAGGAUCUGUGUGAAAGUCCAGGACCAUCUCAACUCCCUGAGGAACUCAGAGACAGACGUGAUCUUGGACGACGUCAAGACGGCCGAAAACCUGAUGAAGGAUGCCAGGAACUCCAAAACGCUGCUUCCUAGCCUGUACCACCUGGGAGCAGCAUCCAGAGAAGAGGUCAACGGUCAGUCAGUAGGACCCAUCCAGGAGAAACUGGAGUCCAUGGCUGGAGAGGUGGCCAGGGUCAUGGAUGAACAGCUACAGAGUCUGUUGGAGUCCAUGGUGGAUGCUGCGGAGGGUCUGUGUCCCCAUGUGAUGAGGAAGACUAACCUUCGUCAGGACCUGAUCAAAGCCAGCACAGCUAAGAUGGUGGUCCCCCGCAGCUUCGUAAAGAACACCCUGCUGGAGCAGUCUGGAGUCGACAUCAUCAACAAGAUCAGUGAGGUAAAGCUGAGCCUGGCUUCCUUCCUCUCAGACCGUAUCGUAGAUGAGAUCCUAGAAGCCCUGUCUGGCUCUCAGCACACACUGGCUGACCACCUGGUGAGGAAGGGACGUCCUCUGGUCCAGCAGGAAUCUAUGGACCUGGACGUACCCGAGGAGAGGGCUCCUAAACGGGCUACCACAGAGCUGAAUGAGGCAGAAAGGCUGGAGGACCUGGAGACAUGCAUGACUCUAUGCUGCACCAGUAUGACUCCCAAGUCCAAGAGGAAAAGCAUCCACAGUAGAAUGCUCCGUCCAGUGUCUCGCGCCUUUGAGAUGGAGUUUGACCUCGACAAGGCCCUGGAAGAUGUUCCUAUCCACACAGAGGACCCCCCUGCUCCUGCACCUUCCCCUGCCUCGACCCUCUCUAGGUUAGAGAAGAGACCGUCAGGGGCCAUGGGAGAACUGCCUUCAGAGGAGGCAAAGAAGCUGCAGCACUUCACCAAACUACGGCCUCGCAGGAACAAGAAGAUGCAGUCCAGUAAGAUACCACAAAUCAGCAGCACCACGUCUCAUGAUGGAGAGCAGAACGGCCUGCAUGGAAGGGUUGAUGAGGGGGUGGACGAGUUCUUCUCCAAGAAAGUCACCAAGAUGGACUCCAAACGUUCUCUAAAGAGUUCAGACUCCCAGGAUGGAGAGAAGAAGAGGAGUAGAGGUUUCCUCAACCUCAUCAAGUCUCGCACCUCCAAGUCUUCAGACAAAGACAAGUCAGAGAAGAACCAGUCUACCCCAGCCCCAGCCCUAACCCCAGCUCCAGCCCUAACCCCAGCUCCAGCCCUAACCCCAGCUCCAGUAACCACCGUCCCAGAGGAGCCUUCCUCCCCUAAGGCCUCCCUGAAGAGCCAAGCUCCAGAACCACCAACCAAGGUCAAAGAGGCCAAGACCCAGCCCACCCAUCCCAGCCAACUCACCCAGCCCCUGGACUGCAGCAGCAGCUCAGACCGGUCUGAGGAGCUACGGACCCCAGAUUCCAUGGAUGAGGUGUCGGAGGGGGACAGUAAGGGUAGUCCCCAGGGGGGGAGGCGCUACGGGGUGCAGGUGAUGGGGACUGGACUCCUGGCGGAGAUGAAGGCCAAGCAGGAGAGACGGGCCUUCGGAUCACAUAAGGACCAGUAUGACCAGUCGUCCAGUCCAGACAGACCAGACAGCAGUGCCAGCGUGAAGGGCCAGCCUACCCCAACAGAGAGCAGGUCUCCAGGUGGCUCUAAGGCAGAGGGGGUGGUGGUGGUCGGCUCCCCAGAGAAGAGCCCUCGAGGUGGGGAGGCCAAGCCAGAGACGGUCCCUAGGAACCGCACCACCUCCAGCUCCAGUCCCAAGCCCCCUCCUCAGGGCACCAAGCCAGCCCUCGCUGCCCGACCCUCCAUCCCUCAGAAGCCGCGCACCAGCAGUAGCAGGAGUAUAGAUGAGGUCUGUGACUCCCCUGGAGGGAAUGUGUCUCCCAAGGUGGUAAUGCUGUCUCACGGCCUGAAGAGGGUCACCUUGGACAAGGAGGGGCAGGGCAGUCUUCUACUGGGGGGCGCGGGGAGUAGCAAAAACCCCUCUGCUCAGACAGUGAAUGUCCCAACAGAAGACGGUAGCGUGUUUGACUCUGAUCAGGAAGCUGACAGGCCAAUCACAGCCGUCAGAGCCCGACACGCCCGCCAAUCACCUACCAGCACCGAACAGGAAGUGGGCGAGCACGAGAGCAGGAAGGCCCUCCCCUGUACUGCAGUGAAACCAGGCUCAGUAUCAGACCCUGCCAAACACCAGAGCCCCCACCGCCACAACUCUGAGGACAACGGCUCCAAACCCAAGGACCAAUCCCCCAACCCUGACAGAGACAAGGGACCGGGGGGAAAGUCUUCCCAAUCUGGAGAAGAGGCCGACAAAGACUUUAUUUUUAUAUGAGAAACUAAACUCCCAAUGAAUGACAGGUGCAUGGUACCUGCCUGUCAUCUCAAUAUAUCUGAUAUCAGGAAUCAGAAAGCCAAGACCGUCUGUCUAAAGAAGACUGUUGUCUGCCGGGCAGAGUAACCCAUGUGAAGUGUUUUACUUUGUGAGGAUUGUGGUACACUUUCACUAACCUCAGUAAUACCAAGAUAAAUACGGCUAAAGCACUGUUAUGAUGAUGCACUGUAGUGUGUUAAGUCACUGUGGAAAUCAAACAAGCAACACCUUUUCUAAAGGGGGAAGGAGAGGGGCAUCCCUUUACAUGACUCAGAUAUCUCAUGGUUUGGCCAUGUGUGUACCAUGUCAUCAUGGUUUGGCCAUGUGUGUACCAUGUCAUCAUGGUUUGGCCAUGUGUGUACCAUGUCAUCAUGGUUUGGCCAUGUGUGUACCAUGUCAUCAUGGUUUGGCCAUGUGUGUACCAUGUCAUCAUGGUUUGGCCAUGUGUGUACCAUGUCAUCAUGGUUUGGCCAUGUGUGUACCAUGUCAUCAUAGCUUUGUGUGUGGGUCAUCCCCUGUGCUUGUAUAGGGAACUGAACUGGUGUACUGUAAGGCCAGUAAAAGCUAGCCUGGAACCCACACUGAAUAUCGUAUCGCACUGUUUCACUAUUCAGAUUGGUUUCCAGGCUAAGUGAAAGCCAGACAUUGAUGGAACUCUAGCUCGGGGCUUUUCUGCAGUCAGCGUCAGUUUGCUACUAAUUCAAGACUGCUUCAUGUGGACAGACGGACGUUUCAAACCUGUCCAGCAAUUCAAGAAGUAAACUGAAAUUCCAAUUCUCUUCACUGCUUUUCAAUCAGGAAAAUGUGGAAUUGGAAUUUAGUUAACUUUUUGGAUUGACUGGAAUUGAAAUGGAAUUGACCCCAACGCUGCUGUCCAUCAGUCAGGGCCAGACAGCUAGGGUCUUGUCCUGGCCUCUGCACCUUUUGGUAUUUUAAUUGGUCUUCAUUUGCUGCCUAGCUGCCAGUAGUUUAUUUUCUUCACUACCUGUAAUCAUGGCUUGGACUGGAGGAUUGGCUUACUCAGUCAGAACAUAGUGAUGUCACGUUAACACGUGUUCCCGAUGUCUGGGACUGGGUUGAAUGCUGUGAAUGCAUCACAUUACAGUAGGCACAAAAUGGAACAAAACUGACUGAAACAGGGAGGUAAAUUACCUGAACUUGUCCAAUAAGAAACAAUUGUUUUUGUUUAUUACGCUCCCUACUGAACAGGACCCUGAGGGGUAUCCUACGAAGCAGGUUUGAGGAGAUAGCGAGGUAACACUUUGGUCAAACUCUUGAGUUCAACUCGGGAUAACCGGUCAUACGAAAGUGGCUCACCUUCUAGCCAGGUCAAUUUCUAUGGCAACAAAUCCUCCAGAACUAACCUGCUCCGUGGCAGGCUAACUCACGGGUAACUCCACUUACCCUGAAUGAAAUGACUGAGCCGUGAGUUGAGGACCAACGAAAUCAGAUUCCUUCCCUCUCGCAAAGAUUGCGUCAUCAUCCCCUCCAUUUGAGGAAGACGACUGAUUCGAUAUUUUAUUUUUUGUGUGUUAAAAAAUAGUCAUGUUAAAAUAUAUCACAUUACACAUUUAGUAAUGACAGAAUGCGUUUUAAACUUCACCCACAGAAACACUUUUGUAUGACUUUUGUAUGAAGGUGCUUGUGGUUGUUGUGCAUUGAUAAGCACACCAAAGACAGCCUUAAUGAAAAGUAAUAAAAUAAAGACGGCAUUAAGGAUAACUGAUCAAAUAAAGACAACACUUCUAAAAGCAUAUUUCACACUAUAGCCUGAUGAAUUUCCAAAAUAACUUUUCUUUCAUUUUGAUUUCGGCACAAAUGAAAAUGUGUCACUGACUCGCCCAUGGAUUGAUGUUUCAGCAUCGUCUCAAUGAAGAGUUCGCGGUUCGACUAGCCAUGAGCGACAAUGCAGGCGCAGCCUGCUAGAGUUGGGGGCAGGCGGACGAGCAAUAUCCACCGUCGUAGUACAGAUGAAGCCUGACCUGGAAUGUGAAGCUAACUGAAGCUGGCUAGCUUUAGAAGACCCCUAUUAGAUCUAGCUUGCUUCGUAGGAUACCCCUCUGGUUAACUGUCUUGGUUGGUUGGUUUUUCUCUGUCUUGUAUUUUACUAUUUUUUGUUUGGGGAUAAAGAGCAGCUGGCUGUCUUCUGUUUGGUUCUAUGGAACAAUAAAACCAUGGAACGAUGUGUUCAAAAAUCCUUAAGAGUGAAAUAAGUAAGAAAGGGGAGUCUAGCUCUCAGAUAGGCAGUGUGAUUACUGCUGAAUUUGUGUGUCUGAUAUGCAUGUGAGGUGUACUGUAUGUGUCAUUUAAUACAUAUGUAAUAUAAUACUGUAUGUUAAGUUACAUACAUAUAAUACUGUAUGUUAAGUUACAUACAUGUAAUAUAUGCACACGUAUGUGUACACAAAUCCUAUAUUACUAUGGUACUACUAAGCACACUACUAAAAUAGGUUUCUAUAAAUAUGUAAUUUAUUGAAAUAAAAACAGUGGUUAGUGAUGUUUUAAUCCCCUUUCUUGUCCUUAUUGUAAAUGAACGUUGUGUUAAUACUAAGGAAAUCAAUUGUUUGAUUGAAUUGUUUUCUUGUUAUUCUUUAAAAACAAUUAAUUAGUUUUAUAAUUUUAUUUUUCAUGACAAGGAACAAACAGAAACAUUUAUAUAUUUGCCUGAUCAUUUCUGAUAAGAAAAAAGGAAACUUAAUUCAACAAAGAAAAUGACUCCAGUGUUGUUCUGCAGUAUGUUUUAUGUUGUUAUGGACAACAACACUCCUUAACGUGUUUCACUAAAUCACACUACUGGCUGUGGGCAUGUCCUUCCUCAUGUCAAUAUUUAUACCAAUUAAAAUAAUUGUACAGAUUGAA